UUUAAUAAACAUGUCACAUUUGACGGCGAUCGGGCGUUUGUGUAGUAUACAGUAAUCUUAAUUUUCCGUUCAGUUCGGGACAAGUCAAGUUUUAGCCUGCACAAACCAACUCGCCGGAGCUUCUGUUCCGCGGGCAAUUUCCGAGCCCGCCUCGAUCGAACACUAUCGAGUUGCUCAAUAGAAAAAUUGAAUGGAGAAUAGGGAGGACUUAAGGUCAAUCCUCCCCUACUUGCCACUGCUUCAACGAUCAUCCUCACUCUUCUGGCCACCGCCCGUCGUCGAAGCCCUCAAAGCGCUCUCGCAAGGCCCUAGGCACAGCAAUGUUGACUCCGGAGAAGUCCUUUUCCUUGCGAUUUCCGACAUCCGGAACUCCCUCUCCCUCCCAGCAUCUUCCCUCGCCGCCUCCGCUUCCGACGGCUAUUCAAUCUUCUUCGAUGACUUGAUUCCUAGGGCUGAAGCUUCGAAAUGGUUCGAAGAUGUGGUGCCGGGAUUGGCGAAUUUGCUUUUGAGAUUUCCUUCACUGCUGGAGACUCACUAUCAGAAAGCUGAUGGCGGCGUUGUCACCGGAGUCAAUACCGGGCUUCGUUUACUGGAAUCACAAGAGUCUGGAGUUGUGUUUCUCAGUCAGGAAUUGAUUGGUGCUCUUCUUGCUUGUGCCUUCUUUUGCUUGUUUCCAACAAGUUCUAGAGGUGCCAAACAUCUCCCAAUGAUCAACUUUGAUCGCAUGUUUGCGUAUCUAUAUGAUGAUUAUGAUGAGAAACUUGAACAUAAAUUAAGGUGCAUUGUACACUAUUUUGGGAGGAUAUGCUCAUCGACACCAAUGGGCAAUGUCUCGUUUGAGCGUAAAGUUCUUCCAAUGGAGUCUGAUCCCUUCUGCAUAUCUUAUCCUGAACCAAGUUUUUGGAGUGAAUCUACUGUUUCACUAUGCCCUUUUGAGGUUUUUAAAUCAGGCUUAAUUGAAGAUCAAUCUAGUGAGGCUCUUGAAGUGGAUUUUGCAAACAAGUAUAUAGGAGGUGGUGCUCUUAGUAGAGGUUGUGUCCAGGAAGAGAUUCGCUUCAUGAUCAAUCCAGAGCUAAUCUCUGGUAUGCUUUUCUUGCCUGCAAUGUCAGACAAUGAGGCUAUAGAAAUUGUUGGUACUGAAAGAUUUUCAAAUUAUACAGGAUAUGCUUCUUCGUUCCGGUUUUGUGGCAACUAUGUGGACGAAAAGUGCAUUGAUCAUCUUGGAAGGCGUAAGAGGAGGAUUACUGCAAUAGAUGCAUUAUGUAGCCCCGGAAAGAGACAAUACAAACUUGAAUGUCUUCUCCGGGAGAUGAACAAGGCAUUCUGUGGCUUCUCUGAUCAAAUUAACCUUCAUCACCAUCAACAAUUUUGUCAAGCUGGUUCACUGUUUGAAUGUCAGAAUGGUUGUGGUGAUAAAGACUCAAGUGAAAGGUCCAUAGAUAAUCUCUCGUCUCCUGAACACCCAUCAACUUCACUUCAAGCAAUGGAAGGAAAUUCUGGCAACCUGCUGAAAAGAAACCAUAAGAAUGAAAAUUCUCAGGUUUUGGGAACUCGAAAUGAAAUUGGAAUUGUAACGGGUAAUUGGGGCUGUGGUGCUUUCGGUGGGGAUCCUGAACUGAAAGCAAUGAUACAAUGGCUUGCUGCAUCUCAGGCACUGAGACCUUUUAUCUCGUAUUACACAUUUGAUUUGGAACCACUGCAGUUGCUAGAUCAGGUGGUGCAAUGGAUCAUAUCCCAUGAGUGGACCGUCGGGGAUCUUUGGAAUAUGUUGGUGGAUCACUCAUCGCGGAGAUUAAGCGGAGAAACCUCUCUUAGCUUCUUCAAUUGGCUACUUCCAUCACUGCACUCGCCUGAGGCCAUGGAGUUGGACAACGCUAGUACACCUUAAUCUCCUUUAAGUACAUUGUGCUGUUACAUAAUCUUUGUAUAAACUUCACCAAUUGAUUUUGUUUAAUUUUAAUGAGUUUAAAAAUUAGUGUUGCGAGUCAUGUUACUUUGUGCAUUGAAUAUACUUGCUGAAAGUUCAAACUAGAGAAGGGUCUGUGCA